CUCAUCUGUAAGCUGCAAUGUCUGCGACUGCAACGCACGAAGAGCAACACCUCCCUGUAUUAUCUCCUGACUGCGUACGGAUUGUGGUUGGUCAUCUAAGUGGCCAGCCAAUCAUCCUUGAUAUACCCAUUGACGUGCCGACGCGCAAUGCCGCGCCAGGCAAGCAAAAUGCCUACCUUUGCUUCGUGGCUGCAACCGUCGCAGGACAACAUGGGGAAUCAAGGCCGUCACUACAUCGGCUGCGCCCGCAAGAAGGGGGACACAACGACGAUGUACCACGAGCUGGAGAUGAGUGGGUGUUGUGGGUAGAGGGUCACCCCGUAGAGCUGAAUUCCAAGGCUGUGGACGGCCAUUAUUUUGAAGAGCGGAGCAGUGUCCUUUCCUCAGAGCGCCGACGUCGGCGUGAGACUGGUCUACCCACCUUUCGAAAUCAUCAAGGACGUGAACGAGCUUUCCGCGAGGUCAUCUCCAAUCGCGACCAUUCCUGUGUAUUCACCGGGACGGAUGAGGACUACUGUGAGGCUAUGCACAUAUUGCCCCACUCACAAGGAUCAAAGUGCCUACAAUAUAUCGAUGACACCAGGGAGACGGAGAAUGGCACGUUCCGUCUGGAUCGAGGCCAAGAAGAUGAGCGCUCUAUUAACUCGCCCGCCAAUGGUAUAUUCGUGAGCUCCAUUGUACACCAGAUGUUCGCGCGAUACGCCUGUGUGCUCGUGAGGACACCCAAUAAAGUUCUUACUACGGAAGACAUUGCAACUACUCCGGAAAACCUCAACAGAGAAACAACUAGCCUAGAACCACUCCCUAACAUUCGCUACACUAUUCAAUAUCCUCACCCGCCGCGCCCGGGCAAGGAAAAACAUGUUCCAGCCAACACCGACGCCCUCUUUCCGACUGAUCGAGACUUCUCAAUUCCAUUGCCCUCGGCCAAGCUUUCCCACUAUCAUCUUGCCUGCGCGUUCUUGCACCACUGUGGCAAAACGAAUACGACCCUCAGAACCGCUGACUUCCAUGCCACAAAGGAAGCUAGGUCUAAGGGCGGAGAAGACAGUGAAGACGAGGAGGACGAUUAUGAAGCACCCAAGGAAACCUCUUCUUCUGAGGAUGGAAAGGCGUACCAAAGUCGGCGUAAGCGUCGCACCACCACCCACAGGCGAAAUUCUACCAUUACGGGGCUUGACAGCACCGGUGACAAAGCGAUCACCACGGUGAAUCCACCCCUCGUCGACGAAACCACCCAAGUUCGAGAGACAAUAACCACACAUCCUCAAGGGUACGGUUCAUUCGGGGAGGAUGGGCGUGUGACGGUUGGUUGGAUCAUGGCUCAGUUUCAAAUCGCUGCGCGGCGCCAACGAACAGCUGACCGCGUACGUAAGUGGCAAGCUGCAGAGGGUGACCUUUGUGUAUAAUCAGUAGAGUCUCAGUGACUGUCUAGUGCAUGUGCAGAGUCUCCUGACAGGUGUAAUGCGAAGACCUUAGGUUGUGCCCCAUGAUAAC